CAAAAGUGCACAGGAAAUCUAACUUCCAAACAGUUACUGCAUUUUAACACUAGUUAAUUACAGCCAUCCAUGUGUCCUGUUUCUGCAGAAAAUGAAAAGAUUUUUCCAAAGCCAUGCUUGUCUCAAAUGCCAUGUGACUCGCUCACCAAAGCCCUUUGAAUAUUACCCAGGGGGUUGGAAUUACAAAACACACACUCAUCAUCCCCAACCUUUUGAUGUGGCCAAGUGUGACCUGUAAUGUUAUGCCUUACACCCGUCACUGUUUAAAUGACCGGUGGGCAUCCUCCCUUGAAGCUCGGAGGUAUUGUUAUUAUUAUUAUUAUUGAAUUUUAGAUUCUCCCUCAGAAACCUCAAUACCCACAUUAAUUUGAAGCGCAAAAUAGGCCAUAGAUGAAUGAAUGAGCCAACAAACAUUACAUAUGCCAUAAUUUUCAGACACAAGAAAGCUGCAAUCUUCUUGGAUGGAUUAGCCCAUUUCAAGCCAUUGACAUCCAUUAAUACCCACUUGGAGGUUAUGAUACCUGGCCUGGUUUACAGAUGGGAUGCUCAUAUCUCAAAAAUACCCACAAGCUCCUUUGGGUUAUUGCAAUUGGUAUAUUUGACUUUACAGUUUAUUUUGCUUUAUCUCAAUCCUUGCAGUGCACACAUCCGCCAGAUGUUGAAGAGUUUGUGCAGCUCACAGACAGAUUUUGGGCUUAUGACACCCACUCCAAUAAGUGGACACAGCUGGAAUUGCCCUUUGAUUUAUUGAGCUGUAACAAUGGCAACUGCUCCAAAAUUGGAACCAUUCAAGACCUCAAUCAGGAUAACGAAAACAAUAGCCCCCCACAUGACUAUAAUCCAAAUUCUAGGGAGGAGCAACAAUUUGAUGAAGGCUCUGAUGAUGGGGUUAGUUUAUUGGCUGAAGAGGAAUUGGGUCCUCCUCUUGUUGUUAGGAAGAGGUUGUCCCUCACAGUUAUGUCAGAGACCUCAGUCUGGAUUACAGGUGAAAGUGGAUCAAUUUAUGAAAGGUUUUGGAAUGGGAUGAACUGGGUGACUGCUCCUCAUGAACUGCAACCCUCUGCAGGAUAUGCUAUUUCGGUUUUUGCAGUCAAUCACACAUUUGCUGCCUUGUCUGAAGCUGGGAAUUUGUACCAGCUAACAAUGGAUGCCAACGCACAACCUUUGUGGGUGGAAUGUACGCCGUCAUUCCCAUCAAUGGCAAAUAUAGACAUUUCAGAUGAAGAUUCAAGCAUGAGCAUUCGUUUGCGAUCAGGGUUUCCAUCAGUAGAUGGAAACUCAAUGUACUUUUCUACAGUAGAUGGAUCACUUUUGGAGCUCUCAGAAUUGCAGCCUGUUAGGUACCAAGAUGGCGACUCCCAAGCUCGAAAGAUCCACAAGUCGGAAGACUCUCCUCAAGGAAAAUCAAGCCAGAUCAAGGACGGUCAAGCAAGGACAAGGGCGACCUCCUCCAGCCUAGCAUCGACAAGGACGGCCUUCUUUGGACUAACGUCAUCAAGGGCGACCUUCUCCAAUCCAGUAUUACAAGGCGAGGUACAUCAUCAUCCUGCACAUCAAGGACACAAGAGGUUAGAACAAGGGUUCGUUGAAGAAGCAGAUAGUUCCAGAUGAAUUAAUUAAAGCUAGCUUCUCAACAACACCAAGUUGAAUAUUUACCAAGUUA